ACAGCCAGCAUGUCCAAGCGCUCCCGGAGCAUCUCUAGAUCCUCCUCUGUUGGCCAGCUUCCAGAGACCGGUUCAAGGUCCUCGUCGCCAGCAUCUUCCAUCACUUCUGUUGAACGACCCAGAAAACAUCUAUCCGACACCGCCAAUUCUGGGAUAGAAGUAAUGCAUUGCUCACUGCCGCCGCAUCGGGAGACACUCUCGUUCCCCUCAUAUGAUGACUACGAAGUUCAUUACAAACAAACGCAUGUUAACAGAUGCACAGCGUGUGGGAAGAACUUUCCCACUGACCGUUUCUUGAAUCUACAUAUUGAGGAGAACCAUGAUCCUUUGAUUGCCGCGAAAAAAGACCGGGGAGAAAAGACUUACGGGUGUUUUAUUGAAGAUUGCGAGCGGAAAUGCUCGACGCCGCAGAAACGCAGGAUGCACUUGAUAGAUAAACAUAUGUUUCCCAAGACCUACAAUUUUUACAUAGUGAACGAUGGUAUAGACAAGCAGACCUCUAUGCUGCGACCUGUGAACUCGCAUAGACGUCGAAUUUCGGCAACUCCAACUUCCCCACAGGAAGGUCGGCUUAGACACCGACAAAGCUCUCUAUCUUAUUCUAAACCAGUUCCUGGACAGGACAUAGUCCCUCAGCCACAACCGGGUGAAUCGGAAAUAGCUCAGCUUGAGAGGUCAAUGUCUGCUUUGCGAUUUGUCCCAACGAGCGUUGCAAAAGGCCAUGGUAGACGAUCCAACUGA